AUUAGAAUAGGUCGUGAGCAAAAUGCUGAUAAAAAUAGUGCAUUUGGUAAUUUUAUUCUUCAUACUUACGACGGUAGCUGCCAGACAUUCUAGAAGGGAUUAUUACUCAGAUGAGUCGUCUGAGUCAGAAGAAGAGCCCAGACCUUGUGGUAAAGCACGAUGUCGUGUCUAUCCCAAACAGAGACGACAAGGGUAUCCUGCCAUCAAAUAUGAAGAAAAAGAAGAUAAAGCUGAUAAUAGAAGAGCAGACGAAUCUUCUGGCUACAGACGUAAAGAAGAUCUAGGUGACAGUAGAAGAAAUGAUGACAAUCAGCAGUCUAACGCCUUCGAUAUAGUUAAACUUCUAUCUCUAUUUGCGAAUGGUAAUAAAGGAGAAACAAAAGUGUCUUUCAAUAUAAGAGACAUACAAAGUGGUUUCAGCAACGCUGGCAGCAAAUAUCGCGUAGGGAAUGUACAUAGAGAGGUUAACAGACAGAAACGUGAUGCGAAAUCUGAACUAAAUGAUGUAGCAACACUAAGCAAUGGCGGUAUUGAGACUGGUCUAGUCGAAACUAGUGAUACAUCAACUGAUAUAGCUAAAACCGAGAAUAAUGUUAAUUCUAAAGAAUUAUCCGUUCAACCAUCAGCAGAAAAUGCUCAAGUAAUUAAUGAUAAUAAAUCAGUAGACGCAAAUGUAAGUCAUACAGAGGCUGAUAAUUUUCAAGACUUUAAUGCUACUAAUAUUCAUGAUUUUGCUGCAAAUGAUUCAACCUCGGUACCCGUAAAUGAAACAGCCAGUGAUGACUUUAACAAUGAACAACUUCUUACCAAAGAACCAAAUAAAGAAGAUAACAACAAUUCAAUAAAUGAAACCUCACAAGUUGAUAAUUCCAAUCAUUAUUUGGAAAGGUCUAGUAGUGAUUCGUUUAAUCAAUCUGAAAAUAAUGUGUCUAGAAUCGGUUUGGUUAGAGACGCUGAAGAAAUAUCCAAUAAUGAAAGUAAUGAUGAAAUUAAUACCAGCCAAUCACAGCCCCCCAAAGUAAAAAUCCCACUGUCAAGAAAAGACUUGAGUAAUAUACAAAGUACUUUAAAUGAUGAAUUCGGUGUUCCAAGCAACGGAGCAAACCCAGUUGCUAAUUUUGCGCUAAACCCUUUAAAUAAUAAGAAACAAGUAAUUGUUAUAGUUUACAAUUGCACUUGUGGUAAAAACAACCCUCACUCUCAUGAAAAAUCAAUAGACGAUGCUGUUUUAAUUAAUAAUGGUACUGAUAUUAAUAAUGAUGACACCAAUAAUAAUGAUGAAGAUUUAUCUAAAGUAAUAUUGAAUACCAGACGCAUGAUACCAAGUGAUUCAAUAUCCAGUGCGCAAAUUGAGGAAGAGCCAACUGAAGAAAAUGUUGAAAAUACAAAUUCAGAAAACAAACCUAAUUACGCUCAGCUAGAGAAUAACAUGUUAAAAGAAUGUACCAGCCUUUUGGCGUUACAAACAAAAAAUAAAGUUGAUGAAGAAACUAACACAAAUUCAGAAAAUACUACCACUGUCUACAAACUGACGUGGCUCACUCCGGACGUCGCGCAUUGGAGUCAUCGCCUCUUUCUGGAAUCUUCUAUCGUAGAAGCCCACCCUGUAUAG